AGUACAUUCGUCUCAGGGUACCGAUCACUGCUUUGACCCCCGUUGUUCGCUUAGGAACGUAGCGUGACCACGGGCCCUUGAAACCAUGCCCGCGAAAUACAGGGGUUUGUCCUUGUGCUUUUGGCGACGCAUUCACUGGGUGGCCGCACCUCUUUUGGGAUAGCAAGGCUGGUGGCCCAGUAUCCAAGCACCUCGGGUGCUCAGAAACCCACUUCAGCUACAAUCCCUCCAACAAGAAAAACCAUCAUCCAUGUCUCAGGCUCGCUCCCUCUACGUCGCUCACUACGGCCACCCGCUGCUGAAGGGUGCGAAGCACUGGUCUUUCCUCCUCUACAAACCAGGCGACCAGCACGCCAAGGCGUAUCAGCUCACAGGCUCAACGACAACGUACGAGGUCAAGCAACCAGAGGAAGUGACCCCCGCGAAGUCGUCCUCUUUCAUGGGCCAAGUCCCUGUUGGCCACAUCGCCGAGUCUCACGUCGCUGCGUUCGAGCAGAUGGUCCUGGGCCUGCCCAUUACACGGGGCAACACGGCUUGGAAUUGCCAGAACUGGAUCAUCGGCGCUCUGGCUGCGCUCAAGGCGAACGGAUUCAAUGUGACGGCGUACGGAUUGGAGGAUUUGCGCAAGUUGCUGGCGGAGGCAACACCGGCGUGAUGGAAGGCUCGUGUGUAUUUGGUGUUCGUUGUGUCGAAGCUCGGAGGCUGGGGCGUGUAUAAUACUUUACAUUACGCGACGACUGGAGACUUAAUGAGGAAAGCGAUCCUAUGUGAACGGAC